UAUAUUAUAUGUAUUGUUAUUAUAUGCGGAAUAAACUGUAAGGCCACGGUCACACGAGCGUUGAAAGAACGGACAUUGCAACGGACGUUAAGUUAUAACGGACGUCACUACCCUAGUCACACGAACGUAAAAUAGAACGUCGGUUGUUAAUUUAGCAUCCUACAAGAUGGACAAUUUGGAUACCGCGAUUUUUGUAUACUCCGCUAUACGAGUAUUACGAAAAAAAAAACGGGUGAAUCGAAAAUGGUGGGUUCAUCAAAUAAAUAGUGAACGAUUAUUAAAUGGUGCAUUUUACAAUCUGUAUAACUUGCUAAGAGCAGACAAUGCAAAAUUUUUUAAUUAUUUUCGCAUGUCUCCAAGCACAUUUGACGAGCUGUUUAAUAAUAUUAAAACAAAUAUAAUGCGUCAAGAUACAGUUAUGAGAUCUGCGAUACCAGCAGAAGAGAUGUUGGCAGUUACUUUGAGAUACCUAGCUUCCGGCUGCAGUUUUCAAGAACUGCAUUACAAUUUUCGGAUAGGUAGAUCCACUGCAAGUCAAGUUGUAAGAACAGUUUGCCUAAGUAUUUGGAAAAAUUUAAAAGAGGUAUGCAUUCCUAUACCAGAUGAAAAUAUGUGGCUCAAAAUUUCAGAGGAAUUUAAAAUCAGAUCAAAUUUUCCCAACUGCUUGGGCGCUGUGGACGGUAAACACAUCCGUGUUGUAAAACCGGAGAGAAGUGGCUCUUUGUUUAUGAACUAUAAACACUUUUUUUCAAUUGGGCUUAUGGCUGUCGCUGAUGCAAAUUAUAAAUUCAUUUAUGUCGACGUCGGGUCAUAUGGGAAAGAUUCUGAUUCCACUAUUUUUAGAAAUUCGGUGCUUUGGAAGAAUUUGGAGAGAAAUAAUUUAAAUAUUCCUACAUCGUCACAAGUACCAGGAAUAAAUAUUCCUAUACCUUAUGCUUUUGUUGGUGAUGAAGCUUUUGGUUUAAACACGCAUUUGCUUCGGCCAUACUCCGGUACUCAUUUGCCAAAUCGAAAAAAAAUUUUUAAUUAUCGCUUGACACGUGCUAGACGAUAUGUGGAGUGUACAUUCGGUAUACUUUCAAAUAAAUGGCGUAUAUUCCACAGGCCUAUUGAUGUAAAAGUAGAUUUUGCUGUCGAUAUCGUAAAAAGUUGUUGUGUAUUACACAAUUUCGUUCGCGAUCGGGACGGAUUUAGUUUGGAUGAUACACUAACUAUAAAUGGCUUUGAAGAAUUUGAUGUUUUAGAUAAUUCAGGAAUAAAUCGAAAUACAAAUUUGAUUCGUGAUGCUCUAUCUCAUUAUUUUAUGAGUGACGAAGGAAAAUUGCCAUGGCAGUUUGAAAAAAUCUAAUUAUUUUAAUUAGUAUAAAAACUUAUCAUAUUAAUUAAAUAUUAGUAAAUAAAAUCUUAUAAAUAAUAAAAAUAUUUAAAACAUUUUUACCUUGCAUGUAAUUUAUAAGAAACAAAAAUAAACAUUUAAUUUUUAAUUUAAUUAUGCAUCGUUCAAAUGUUGAUAGAAAAUAUUUGUUUACUUAAA